AUGGAAGAAGUCGCGGAACUCGUACCUGAGGUGCCGGAAGAGCACGCCGACGCCAACCAAGAGAUCCAAGAAGAACCGCCGCCGUCACCGCCGAUUUAUUCAAUCAACAACUUGACAACGCCAGAAGAAAUCUACGAAGAGCCAGAGGAAAUAACCAAGGGCGUCACUCGAUGCUGGAUCCUAACUGCAUCCAUAUGCGUCUGGUUAGUGCUUCCUUUGGGGCUCGUCAUCCUGCAGUUCAUGUCGAAACCCGUGCACGUCAAGUUCAGCGUCGACGCAAACACGUCAGCCGCACUGCGGUCCUCCACAUUGGAGUCUUCGACAACGUCUACCACAGCCGCUCCUACUAAGGCUGUCGUCCCUCAGCACUGCGGAAAGUUGAUCAAUAUAGAGGAUGUAAAACCCGCGAAGGUUUCGUCUCCUGGUCCCCAAAGUUCCAUUGUCCUUACAACAAAGAACAUUACUCUCUUCUGCAUCUACAAUAAUUCCCGCAUCAACCACACCACAUUCAUGUACUUGCCCACUAACAUUCCAGGCGGUGUUUGCCACUAUGUCAUCUACUGGUCAGUGGCCAUCAAGGACGGAAGGAUCGCCAGUAGGGUGCCCGUGUUCGACACAACCUUCGGAUUGGAGAAACUUCGCGGUGCGAUAUCUGGCGACCCAAAGAUCUUGAUGACUGUUGGCGGAUACAAGCAGGACAGCGUACAAUUUUCGAUGCUCGGCAGGACUACUGGGCUCCUGCCUCAUUUCGUUGUGAACGUCCUCGACUAUGUGCUGGACAACCACUUGGACGGCAUCAAUAUAGACUGGAACUAUCCGGGAGACGAGUGCGGAAGCCAAGAGGACCACGACACGCUGGCCAAACUCCUGGCGCAUACGCGAACAAUGUUCAGCAUAAACUCGCAGCCGGGUCGCUCGCUCAUCGUAACGGUGAUGCUUCCCGGUACCUGGGACAAGUUGGGCCACCAUUACGAGCUCUACAAUCUCGCUCCACUGGUAGACACGAUGAUGUUCAACACGUACGAGCCAUUUUACAAUUCCACCUGCGGCAUUCCUCCUGUGAAACAUCCGGACAGCGAUGACGCAUUCAACUUCUUCGUUGAUUACCUGCCAGAUGUGGUGAGGGCCAAAGCGUGCUUCAGUGCCACUGUGGUCUUUCGCGCAAUGAAGCAGCAGCAGACAGGCAACAACAUCGUGUACAAGCCCUGGAACAGUGGCAAUGUUGAACUGGGAAAUGGUCGGGUGCCUGUGAUCGAACUGUGCAACCAUUUAUUGGAGCGUUACAUUCAGAGUCGUUUUAAGAUAUGCGAUGAAUAUCUCGUGAACAACGAGGGGAUACAAUUUGCAGCUGAGAGCUCUGUGUCGUACAAGCAAAAGUUUGGGAAACUCGGGUGUGUCGUAGUGCACGAUAUGGACUACGACAGCUUUCAACGUGAAUGCCAGGCCGUAAACGCAUCAUACUUUGGCAUACCAGAUAAUUAUGGCCUACGAAAGAUAGUGGAUGGUGCAAAUGCGCUGAAGCAUCCGUAG